CAUCCCAGUUUCUCGCUUGACUUCUGCGUCUUGCACUCUGCAGCAACAGUCGCAACGCCAUGAGCUAUCUGUUCCAGACCAGGAGUGAAAAAGCGACGCAACAAAAGCCAGAAUCUUCAGAAGAACAUCAGCGAAAGGUACCAGGCGGAACCUGAAGUGUCCUUUACUUAAUUUCCUAAUGGUUCAGAUAGAGAGUAGUGAGUUGUGCCCAUCUAUUAUGAACGGGAGCUGCUGGGCGACCUGGCGAUGGAGAUGCCGAGCUUCUUGUCGGACGGCACGAUCCGCCGGUUCCUCCGGUCAAGGAACUGGAGCACAGAGAAAGCGGCCAAGUCUCUGAAAGAAGCUAUCAAGUGGAGGCGCCAAUUCAAGCCAGAAACGAUUUGUUGGGACGACCUUGCUAGCAUCGAGAACGAGGUUCGACGAGCGUAUAUACCAGAUUAUCUCGACAAGAAUGGCCGAACUGUGUUCGUGAUUAUGACGUCAAUAAAGAGCUUAACUUCAACAAAGGAACAUAUUCAACAGCUAGUGUAUAACCUGGAAAAUAUGGCCAUGAACUCAGAAGAUGCACAAGAAGAGAAUGUUGUUUGGAUGUGUAAUUUCAGUGGUUGGACACUAUCAUCUACGCCAUUAUGGGAGACCCGUGAAUCGCUGCACAUAAUUCAGAAGUAUUAUCCAGGGUUGAUUGGAGCCGCGAUUCUCUGCAACCCUCCCAAGAUAUUUGAAUCAUUCUGGAAGAUUAUAAAGCAGUUCCUCGAACCAACAUUGCAAGAGAAGAUAAAAUUUAUUUACAGCAACAAUGCAGAGAGCCAGAGGAUUAUGACUGAUAUGUUUGACAUGGACAAGCUGGAGUCUGCAUUUGGUGGAAGAAACACAGCUAGCCUUGAUAUUAACAAGUAUGCUGAAAGAAUGAGAAGAAUAGAUCAGAUAAGGGUAACAUGCAAGCACGCAAAUAGAAGCACCUGAUUUUCCUGACCAGGAAGAAGAUCGUUUCCCUUGUGAGCAUUAAAGAGUACUUGGAACUACGAUGUCAACAGCUAAUAUAUACGAAGAACACUGAAACCUUAUAUUUACAAGGAUGUGUACUGAGCCAAGGAAGCUCGAUUUCAUUAAAUAGCUUAAGCUCGAUAAUUAUGAGCUCCUUGGAGGUUAAACGUUGAAGAUCUUUUUUACAUGAUUCAUGAUUUGUUUUUUUUUCAGUCCCGAGAAAAUUUAACAGAAAGAUGAAGUCUGUAACACUGGAGUAUAAGAAAUUAAUGAUAAUAAUAAUGGUGCCUAUUUAAUUGGACGCAA